AUGCCCAGGGAAGACAGGGCGACCUGGAAGUCCAACUACUUCCUUAAGAUCAUCCAACUUCUGGAUGAUUAUCCAAAAUGCUUCAUUGUGGGAGCAGACAACGUGGGCUCCAAGCAGAUGCAGCAGAUCCGCAUGUCCCUCCGCGGGAAGGCGGUGGUGCUGAUGGGCAAGAACACGAUGAUGCGCAAGGCCAUCCGAGGGCAUCUGGAAAACAACCCAGCUCUGGAGAAGCUGUUGCCUCAUAUCCGGGGGAACGUGGGCUUCGUGUUCACCAAGGAGGACCUCACUGAGAUCAGGGACAUGCUGCUGGCCAACAAGGUGCCAGCUGCCGCCCGUGCUGGUGCCAUAGCGCCGUGCGAAGUCACUGUGCCGGCCCAGAACACUGGUCUGGGGCCAGAGAAGACCUCCUUCUUCCAGGCUUUAGGCAUCACCACCAAGAUCUCCAGGGGCACCAUUGAAAUCCUGAGCGAUGUGCAGCUGAUUAAGACCGGAGACAAGGUGGGCGCCAGCGAAGCCACACUGCUGAACAUGCUGAACAUCUCCCCCUUCUCCUUCGGGCUGGUCAUCCAGCAGGUGUUUGACAAUGGCAGCAUCUAUAACCCUGAAGUGCUUGACAUCACAGAGGAAACUCUGCAUUCCCGCUUCCUGGAGGGUGUCCGCAAUGUUGCCAGCGUAUGCCUGCAGAUUGGUUACCCGACUGUUGCAUCUGUACCCCAUUCUAUCAUCAAUGGGUACAAGCGGGUCCUGGCCUUGUCUGUGGAGACUGAUUACACCUUCCCGCUUGCUGAAAAGGUCAAGGCCUUCUUGGCUGAUCCAUCUGCAUUUGUGGCUGCUGCCCCCGUUUCUGAGACGCUGAAGCGUUUUGCAGGGAAGGUCACAACAGCCAGCGUGAAGGAACGGAGAGAGAUCCUCAGUGAGCUGGGGAAAUGUGUUGCCGGAAAAGAUCUGCCGGAGGGAGCUGUGAAAGGCCUCUGUAAACUCUUCUGCUUGACCCUGCAUCGAUACAGGGAUGCAGCCUCGCGCCGGGCCCUGCAGGCAGCCAUCCAGCAGCUGGCCGAGGCCCAACCCGAAGCCACUGCCAAGAACCUUCUGCACUCUCUGCAGUCCUCGGGCAUCGGCUCCAAAGCGGGCGUCCCCAGUAAGAGCAGUGGCUCAGCCGCCUUGCUGGCCCUGUCCUGGACCGGCCUGCUGGUGCGCAUUGUCUUUCCCUCGAGAGCCAAGCGGCAAGGAGACAUCUGGAACAAACUGGUGGAGGUGCAGUGCCUGCUCCUGCUGGAGGUGCUGGGCGGCUCCCACAAGCACGCCGUGGACGGUGCCGUGAAGAAGCUCACCAAGCUGUGGAGAGAGAACCCUGGGCUGGUGGAACAGUACUUGUCAGCCAUUCUCAGCCUAGAGCCCAACCAGAGCUAUGCGGGCAUGCUGGGGCUGCUGGUGCAGUUCUGCACGAGCCACAAGGAGAUGGACGUGGUCAGCCAGCACAAGAGUGCCCUGCUGGACUUUUACGUGAAGAACAUCCUGAUGAGCAAAGUGAAGCCUCAGAAGUAUCUGUUGGAUAAUUGCACCCCUCUGCUCCGGUACAUGUCCCACUCGGAGUUUAAGGAUCUGGUCCUGCCUACCAUACAGAAGUCGUUACUGAGGAGUCCAGAGAAUGUCAUUGAAACUAUCUCCAGCCUGCUGGCAGCAGUGACUCUUGAUCUCAGCCAGUAUGCCCUGGACAUCGGGAAAGGACUGGCUGGUCAGCUGAAGUCCAACAGCCCUCGCCUGAUGGACGAAGCCGUGCUGGCGCUGCGGAACCUGGCCCGCCAGUGCAGUGACUCCUCGGCGAUGGAAGCCCUGGCCAGGCACCUGUUUGCUAUCCUCGGAGGCUCGGAGGGGAAGCUAACUAUUGUAGCCCAGAAGAUGAGCGUUCUCUCAGGGAUCGGGAGUGUCAGUCAUCACGUGGUGUCGGGGCCUUCCAGUCAAAUCCUGAGCGGGACCGUGGCUGAGCUCUUCAUCCCGUUCCUCCAGCAAGAAGUUCACGAAGGCACCUUGGUGCAUGCUGUCUCUGUCUUGGCUCUCUGGUGUCACCGCUUCACCACGGAAGUACCCAAGAAGCUCACCGAAUGGUUCAAGAAAGCCUUCAGCCUUAAAACCUCCACCUCUGCUGUGAGGCAUGCCUACCUGCAGUGCAUGUUGGUCUGCUUCCGAGGCGACACGCUGCUACAGGCCCUGGACUUGCUGCCCUUGCUUAUCCAGACAGUGGAGAAGGCGGCCUCCCAAGGCACUCAGGUUCCCGUUGUCACCGAAGGGGUCGCCGCUGCCUUGCUGCUCACAAAGCUCUCAAUGGCUGACUCGCAGGCUGAGGCCAAAUUGAGCGGUUUCUGGCAGCUCAUUUUGGAUGAGAAGAAGCAGGUUUUCACUUCCGAGAAAUUCCUGCUCAUGGCUUCAGAGGAUGCCCUGGGCACCGUGCUGCAGCUGACAGAGAGACUGUUUCUUGACCAUCCACAGCGACUCACAGGCAACAAAGUUCAGCAGUACCACCGGGCCCUGGCGGCCGUGCUCCUGAGCCGCACCUGGCACGUGCGCAGGCAGGCCCAGCAGACAGCCCGGAAGCUGCUGUCCUCUCUCGGGGGCUUCAAGCUGGCCUACGGACUGCUGGAGGAGCUGAAGACUGUCCUCAGUUCUCACAAGGUGCUGCCCUUCGAGGCUCUGGUGACCGACACUGGGGAGGUGACUGAGGUGGGCAAGGCCUACGUGCCCCCGCGGGUCCUGCAGGAGGCUCUGUGCGUCAUCUCCGGGGUGCCAGGGCUGGAGGGCGGCGUCACCGGCUUGGAACAGCUGGCGCAGGAGAUGCUGAUCAUUUCUCACCACCCGUCCUUAGUGGCUGUGCAGUCUGGCCUCUGGCCAGCACUUCUUGCCAGGAUGAAGAUUGAUCCAGAAGCCUUCAUUACCAGGCACUUGGACCAGAUCAUCCCCAGGAUCACCACACAGAGCCCUCUGAACCAGUCUUCCAUGAACGCCAUGGGCUCCCUCUCGAUCCUGUCCCCAGACCGGGUCCUCCCGCAGCUCAUCAGCACCGUCACCGCCUCCGUGCAGAACCCAGCGCUGUGCCAGGUGACGCGGGAGGAGUUUGCUAUCAUGCAGACCCCUGCGGGGGAGCUGUACGACAAGUCCAUCAUCCAGAGUGCCCAGCAGGACAGCAUAAAAAAGGCCAACAUGAAGCGAGAGAACAAAGCUUACUCCUUCAAGGAGCAGAUCAUCGAGCUGGAGCUGAAGGAGGAGAUAAAGAAGAAGAAAGGCAUAAAAGAGGAGGUGCAGCUGACCAGCAAACAGAAGGAGAUGCUGCAGGCCCAGCUGGAUAAGGAGGCGCAGAUCCGGAGGCGGCUGCAGGAGCUGGACGGUGAGCUGGAGGCGGCGCUGGGGCUGCUGGACACCAUCCUGGUCAAGAACCCAUCUGGCCUGACCCAGUAUAUCCCGGUCCUGGUCGACUCUUUCCUGCCCUUGCUGAAGUCUCCCCUGGCUGCUCCCAGGAUCAAGACCCCUUUCCUGUCCUUGGCUGCCUGUGUCAUGCCCCCGAGGCUCAAGGCUUUGGGCACUUUGGUGAGCCACGUGACUCUGCGCCUACUGAAGCCGGAAUGUGCCCUGGACAAGUCAUGGUGCCAGGAAGAGCUGUCGGUGGCCGUGAAGAGGGCGGUGACCCUGCUGCACAGUCACACCAUCACCAGCAGGGCGGGCAAGGGCGAGCCAGACGCCGCGCCCCUGUCCGCGCCAGCCUUCUCCUUGGUUUUCCCGUUUCUGAAGAUGGUGCUGACCGAGAUGCCCCACCACAGCGAGGAGGAGGAGGAAAGGAUGGCCCAGAUUCUUCAGAUCCUCACCGUCCACGCCCAGCUGCGGGCCUCCUCCAGCAACCCACCCGGGCGCGUGGAUGAGAAUGGCCCGGAGUUGCUACCUCGCGUGGCCAUGCUGCGCCUUCUGACCUGGGUUAUCGGGACAGGUUCUCCCCGACUUCAGGUUCUGGCUUCAGAGGCCCUGACCACCCUGUGUGCCAGCAGCAGUGGUGAGGAUGGCUGUGCCUUUGCGGAGCAGGAGGAGGUGGACGUGCUGCUCUGCGCCCUGCUGUCCCCCUGUGCCAGCGUGCGGGACACUGCACUCCGGGGCCUGUUGGAACUCCACAUGGUGUUACCGGCGCCUGACACUGAUGAGAAGAAUGGCUUGAAUCUCCUGCGCAGGCUCUGGGUGGUCAAGUUUGACAAGGAGGAGGAGAUCCGGAAGCUGGCCGAGAGGCUCUGGUUGACCAUGGGCCUAGAUCUGCAGCCAGAGCUCUGCUCCUUGCUCAUCGACGACGUCAUCUAUCAUGAGGCAGCUGUGAGGCAGGCCGGGGCAGAAGCCCUCUCCCAGGCGGUGGCACGUUACCAGCGGCAGGCGGCUGAGGUCAUGGGCAGGCUCAUGGAGAUCUACCAGGAGAAGCUCUAUCGGCCGCCCCCGGUGCUGGAUGCUCUGGGACGAGUUAUCUCCGAAUCUCCUCCAGACCAGUGGGAAGCCAGGUGUGGCUUGGCUUUGGCCCUGAACAAGCUCUCCCAGUGUUUGGACAGCUCUCAGGUGAAGCCACUCUUUCAAUUCUUUGUCCCCGACGCCCUCAAUGACCGAAACCCAGAUGUCCGGAAGUGCAUGUUAGAUGCAGCUCUUGCGACGCUCAACACACAUGGGAAGGAGAACGUCAACUCUCUGCUGCCGGUAUUCGAGGAGUUCCUAAAGAACGCGCCCAACGACGCCAGCUAUGACGCCGUGCGGCAGAGCGUGGUGGUCCUCAUGGGCUCUCUUGCCAAGCACCUGGACAAGAGCGACCCCAAAGUGAAGCCAAUUGUCGCCAAGCUCAUCGCUGCCCUCUCCACCCCCUCCCAGCAGGUCCAGGAGUCCGUGGCCAGCUGCUUGCCGCCCCUCGUCCCUGCCAUCAAGGAGGACGCGGGGGGUAUGAUCCAGAGGCUGAUGCAGCAGCUGCUGGAGUCAGACAAGUAUGCCGAGCGCAAAGGGGCUGCGUAUGGGCUGGCGGGCCUGGUGAAGGGCCUGGGCAUCCUGUCGCUGAAGCAGCAGGAGAUGAUGGCUGCGCUGACCGAUGCCAUCCAGGACAAGAAGAACUUCCGCCGCAGGGAGGGAGCCCUCUUUGCCUUCGAGAUGCUCUGCACCAUGCUGGGGAAGCUCUUCGAGCCAUAUGUGGUCCACGUGCUGCCCCAUCUGCUGCUGUGCUUUGGGGACGGGAACCAGUACGUGCGGGAGGCUGCAGAUGACUGUGCCAAGGCCGUGAUGAGCAACCUGAGUGCUCAUGGGGUGAAGCUGGUGCUCCCCUCCUUGCUGGCUGCCCUGGAGGAGGAAUCCUGGAGAACCAAAGCCGGGUCGGUGGAGUUGCUUGGGGCCAUGGCCUACUGUGCUCCCAAGCAGCUGUCGUCCUGCCUACCCAACAUCGUGCCUAAGCUCACAGAGGUGCUCACCGACUCCCACGUCAAAGUGCAGAAGGCCGGGCAGCAGGCGCUCAGGCAGAUCGGCUCUGUCAUCAGGAACCCAGAGAUCCUGGCCAUUGCCCCGGUCCUGCUGGACGCCCUGACAGACCCCUCCCGGAAGACCCAGAAGUGCUUGCAGACCUUGCUGGACACCAAGUUUGUCCACUUCAUCGAUGCCCCUUCCCUGGCCCUCAUCAUGCCCAUCGUCCAGAGAGCCUUCCAGGACCGUUCCACGGACACACGGAAGAUGGCCGCCCAGAUCAUUGGCAACAUGUACUCGCUGACAGACCAGAAGGACUUGGCUCCUUACCUGCCAAGCGUGACGCCUGGUCUGAAAGCCUCUCUCCUGGAUCCUGUGCCUGAGGUACGGACGGUGUCUGCAAAGGCGCUCGGGGCCAUGGUCAAGGGCAUGGGGGAAUCGUGCUUUGAGGACUUGCUGCCGUGGUUGAUGGAGACACUGACCUACGAGCAGAGCUCUGUGGAUCGCUCAGGCGCUGCGCAGGGGUUGGCUGAGGUUAUGGCCGGCUUGGGGGUGGAGAAGUUGGAGAAGCUGAUGCCAGAAAUUGUGGCUACAGCCAGCAAAGUCGACAUUGCCCCUCACGUCCGAGACGGCUACAUCAUGAUGUUCAACUACCUGCCCAUCACCUUUGGGGACAAAUUCACUCCUUAUGUGGGGCCCAUCAUCCCCUGUAUUCUCAAAGCUCUUGCUGAUGAGAACGAGUUUGUGCGUGAUACUGCCCUGCGUGCGGGCCAGCGGGUCAUCUCCAUGUAUGCCGAGACGGCCAUCGCCCUGCUGCUGCCCCAGCUGGAGCAAGGCCUCUUUGAUGACCUCUGGAGAAUAAGGUUCAGCUCUGUUCAGCUCCUUGGCGAUCUCCUGUUCCACAUCUCAGGAGUCACUGGGAAGAUGACCACAGAAACUGCUUCAGAGGAUGACAACUUCGGAACCGCUCAGUCCAACAAGGCGAUCAUCACUGCCCUGGGGGUAGAUCGGCGGAACCGGGUGUUGGCGGGGCUGUACAUGGGCCGCUCGGACACCCAGCUGGUGGUGCGGCAGGCCUCCCUGCACGUCUGGAAGAUUGUGGUCUCCAACACCCCCCGCACCUUGCGCGAGAUCCUGCCCACCCUCUUUGGGCUCCUGCUGGGUUUCCUGGCCAGCACGUGUGCGGAUAAGAGAACGAUCGCAGCCAGGACGCUGGGAGAUCUCGUUCGGAAGUUAGGGGAGAAAAUCCUGCCGGAGAUCAUCCCCAUCCUGGAGGAAGGCCUGAGAUCUCCCAAGAGCGACGAGAGGCAGGGUGUGUGCAUUGGGCUGAGCGAGAUCAUGAAGUCCACCAGCCGGGACGCGGUGCUGUAUUUCUCUGAGUCCCUUGUGCCCACGGCGAGGAAGGCCUUGUGUGACCCGCUGGAGGAGGUCAGAGAAGCGGCGGCCAAGACCUUCGAGCAGCUGCACUCCACCAUCGGCCACCAGGCCCUGGAGGACAUCCUCCCAUUUUUACUGAAGCAGCUGGAUGACGAGGAGGUGUCCGAGUUUGCCUUGGACGGUCUGAAGCAGGUGAUGGCCAUCAAGAGCCGUGUGGUGCUGCCCUACCUCGUGCCCAAGCUGACGACCCCGCCCGUCAACACCCGGGUCCUGGCUUUCCUUUCGUCUGUGGCGGGUGAUGCCCUGACGCGUCAUCUUGGCGUGAUCCUCCCGGCAGUCAUGUUGGCCCUGAAGGAGAAGCUGGGGACUCCAGACGAGCAGCUGGAGAUGGCCAACUGUCAGGCUGUGAUCCUGUCGGUGGAGGAUGACACCGGGCACCGGAUCAUCAUCGAGGACCUCUUGGAAGCCACCCGCAGCCCCGAGGUGGGCAUGAGGCAGGCCGCAGCCAUCAUCCUCAACAUCUACUGCUCGCGCUCCAAGGCGGACUAUACCAGCCACCUGCGGAGCCUGGUCUCAGGUCUGAUCCGCCUCUUCAACGACUCCAGCCCCGUGGUUCUGGAGGAGAGCUGGGAUGCCCUGAAUGCCAUCACCAAGAAACUGGAUGCGGGCAACCAGCUGGCCCUCAUUGAGGAACUGCACAAGGAAAUCCGGUUCAUAGGAAAUGAGAGCAAAGGCGAGCACGUGCCAGGCUUCUGCCUCCCGAAGAAGGGGGUAACGUCCAUCCUUCCAGUGCUGCGGGAGGGGGUCCUGACUGGCAGCCCGGAACAGAAAGAGGAAGCCGCCAAAGCGUUAGGCUUGGUGAUCCGUCUCACCUCGGCGGAUGCCCUGCGGCCCUCUGUGGUCAACAUCACCGGCCCUCUGAUUCGCAUCCUGGGGGACCGGUUCAGCUGGAACGUGAAGGCAGCUCUACUCGAGACGCUCAGCCUCUUGCUGGCCAAGGUCGGGAUCGCCUUGAAGCCCUUCCUGCCCCAGCUACAGACCACCUUCACCAAAGCCCUGCAGGACUCUAACCGCGGCGUGCGCCUAAAGGCCGCCGACGCACUGGGAAAGCUCAUUUCCAUCCACAUCAAGGUGGAUCCUCUCUUCACGGAGCUGCUGAACGGCAUCCGGGUCAUGGAGGACCCGGGCGUCAGGGACACCAUGCUGCAGGCCCUGAGGUUUGUGAUUCAGGGAGCGGGGGCCAAAGUGGAUGUGGUCAUCCGGAAAAACAUCGUCUCGCUCCUGCUGAGCAUGCUGGGACACGACGAGGACAACACGCGCAUCUCCUCGGCCGGGUGCCUGGGGGAGCUGUGCGCCUUUCUGACGGAAGAGGAGCUCAGCACCGUUCUUCAGCAGUACUUGCUGGCGGAUGUGUCUGGCAUUGACUGGAUGGUUCGGCACGGGCGGAGCCUGGCUCUCUCCGUGGCUGUGAGCGUGGCUCCCAGCAGACUCUGCGUGGGCAAGUAUGGCGGUGACGUCCAGGACAUGAUCCUCAGUAACGCCAUGGCGGACAGGAUCCCCAUCGCUGUGAGCGGGGUCCGGGGCAUGGGCUUCCUGAUGAAGCACCACAUCGAGACCGGAGGAGGACAGUUGCCGGCCAAACUCUCCAGCCUGUUCAUUAAGUGUCUGCAGAACCCAUCCAGUGACAUCAGGUUGGUGGCUGAGAAGAUGAUCUGGUGGGCAAACAAGGACCCGCUGCCUGCCUUGGACCCCCAGGCCAUCAAGCCCAUCCUGAAGGCCCUCCUGGACAACACCAAGGAUAAAAACACCGUCGUCAGGGCCUACAGCGACCAGGCAAUUGUCAACCUCCUCAAGAUGAGGCAGGGAGAGGAAGUGUUUCAGUCCCUCUGCAAGAUCCUGGAUGUGGCCAGCUUGGAAGUGUUGAAUGAAUGCAACCGGAGGUCUCUGAAGAAGCUGGCUGGCCAGGCCGACUCCACGGAGCAGGUGGACGACACCAUCCUGACCUGA